AUGACCUUGACCAGUGGACCACUCAAGACUGUUGUUGUGUUAGGUGUAGCGUAUGGGGGUAAAAGAGCGGCGGAUUUACUGUCAAAGUCGCUACCACCUAAUUGGAGAUUAGUUGUGAUCGAUAGGAAUUCUCACUUCAACCAUCUCUAUGCCUUCCCUCGAUUCGCUGUCUUACCUCAACACGCCCCCAAAGCCUACAUCCCUUACACACAUAUAUUCGAUGAAGCAGAAUCCUCUACUUCUUCUUCUGGCAAACCCUUGACUCCACCUACCACUCCUCCUGCAUCCGUCUCUACACUAGACGGAUCAGACCAUCAUUCCGAUCCAUUAUCAAUCGCCACAUGUAAAAAAUCAAGACACCAGUUCAUCCAAGGAUCCAUAGUCGGCUUGACAGCUCAUUCAGUGACAUUUGUUAGACCAACUUUGGAUAAAUCGAAACAACAACCUAGAUGUUCACAUUCUCCUGAUACGUAUGGGAAAUACGAUGGACCGGAGGAAACUAUUCAAUUUGAUUAUUGCGUUUAUGCCCUUGGUGCUUCUAUGCCUUCACCGGUAAACGUCUGGUCAAAGAUCAUACAUUCCUCUGAAGUGAAAGGGGAAGAUGAGCUGGAGGAUAUAAGUGGAACGAAGAAACAUGGUGUGAGAUGGAUGGAGGAAUCUGCAGAAAGGUUGAAGAAGGCUCAAAAUGUCGUUGUAGUUGGUGCAGGAGCGAUGGGUAUCCAAUUCGCGUCCGAUCUCAAAUAUCUUUAUCCUUCCAAGCAAGUUACUCUGCUUCAUUCGAGAACACGAGUUAUGCCUAGAUAUCCAAUCGAGUUCCACGUUGCUCUGAUCGAAGAACUGAAGAAACUCGGGGUUGAAGUCGUCCUUGGUGAACGAGUUAUGACCUGGCCUAAAGAUCCUGAACUACUCGACGGCAAGAAGAAGAUCGUUACUACCGACCAUGGAAGAACAUUCGAAGCUGAUUUGGUUUUGCCAUGUACCGGUCAAAAACCACAUAUCGCCUUGAUGGCUUCUGUCAACCCUUCUGUCAUUUGCCCUCAAUCCGGUAGAAUCAGAGUACAUCCCACAUUGCAAGUUCACGCCUUGAACAAGAAAGGAAACUCUGGAUCGGUAGAAGAUAGAAUGAACAAUUUGAAUUUGUCUAUGCCCUUGACUCCGCCUUCUUCUGAAUACACCUCUUCGACCAGAACAAAUCGUUCGUCUGCCGACUCCGAUGAAGACGAACAGGGAGAGGGAGAACAGCAGGAUUUAUCCCAUAUAUUUGCGUGUGGUGAUUGUGCAGAAACGGGGGCCAUCCAAGCUGGACAUACGGCAUAUUACCAAUCUGAAGUAGCAGCUAGAAAUAUAAUUAGGUUGAUACAUCAACGAGAGUCUAAAGCGGGUAAUUAUAAAUUGAUUGAUGACGAUAAGACCCUGGAGAAUUACAAAGUAUCUCAUCCAGCUAUCAAAGUGACUAUGGGUCUUAAACGAGGUAUAAUAUCGAAUGCCGAAGGUGUUACGAUUAAUGAUGAAGGUGUGGAUGAUCUACAUACUAUGGUCAUGUGGCCAGGAUUCGGUUAUAAAGGAGAUGAUAUUGAUAUCAAUGAAUAA